UUCUCUCACUAAACGUGGUGCCGAAGUCUCUUGAGAAGUUGUGAGCUCUCUCUGUCUCUGUCUCUCUCUCUGCGUCGGUCUCUCUGUUUGUGAGGUUGAUGGAGAAGAAUUCUUCGAACCUGCAUGCUCUGGAUCUCGAUAAUUGGAGUACCCUUUUAGUUGGUUUGAGCGUAAUGAGAAUCUGAUCCGACGGUGAAAAAAGGUAGAGGAGGUAAAGAUGUUGGAGGAACAGGUGGCCAAUUUGUUGCAGAGGUACCUUGGGAAUUACGUGAGGGGCCUCAACAAGGAGGCCCUCAAGAUCAGCGUCUGGCAAGGGAAUGUGGAGCUAACAAAUAUGCAGUUGAAGCCUGAAGCACUCAAUGAAUUAAAGUUGCCUGUGAAGGUCAAGGCGGGAUUUCUUGGAUCUGUGAAACUUAAGGUUCCUUGGAGCAGGCUUGGCCAAGAUCCUGUUCUAGUUUAUCUGGAUCGAAUUUUCAUAUUAGCCGAACCAGAAACUCAAGUUGAAGGAAGUAGUGAGGAUGCAGUCCAGGAAGCUAAGAAAAGACGAGUGCGGGAAAUGGAAUUGAAGCUGUUGGAGAGAUCACAGCAACUGAAGUCAGAAAUGAAUAAGUCCUGGUUGGGAUCCCUGGUCAGCACAAUAAUUGGAAAUCUGAAGCUUUCAAUUUCAAAUAUUCAUAUCAGAUAUGAAGAUCUUGAGAGCAAUCCUGGUCACCAAUUUGCUGCUGGCGUAACCUUGGAGAAGCUCUCAGCGGUGACUGUUGAUGAUAAUGAGGAGGAGACUUUUGUUACUGGGGGCUCACUAGACCGUGUCCAGAAGUCUGUUGAACUUGACCAGCUCGCAGUUUAUUUGGAUUCUGAUAUUGUUCCAUGGCAUGUUGAAAAAUCUUGGGAGGAAUUGCUUCCUUCUGAGUGGCUUAAGGUAUUUAGAUUUGGUACUAAGGAUGGCAAACCAGCUGAUAGUCUUACAAAGAAGCACAAUUACAUUUUGCAACCUGUUUCUGGGAAGGCAAAGUAUACAAAGCUGCGACAAAAUGAAUUUGCUGAUGGCAGUCAACCUCAGCAAAAAGCAGUAGUAAACUUGGAUGAUGUGACGCUCUGUCUAUCGAAGGACGGAUACAGGCAUAUUUUAAAAUUGGCUGAUAACUUUGCUGCCUUUAAUCAACGGUUGCAAUAUGCCCAUUAUCGUCCAAACAUCUCCGUGAAAUCUGAUCCUAGGUCUUGGUGGAAGUAUGCUUACAAAGCUGUUUCUGACCAGAUGAAGAAGGCGAGUGGGAAAUUGUCGUGGGAGCAGGUUUUGAGGUUGGCAAGCUUACGAAAGAAAUAUAUCUCUUUAUAUGCUUCACUGCUUAAAUCUGACCUCGGUCGGACUGUAGUUGAUGACAACAAAGACAUUGAGGAAUUAGAUCGUGGACUUGAUAUUGAACUCAUACUUCAAUGGAGGAUGUUGGCACACAAGUUUGUGGAGAAAUCAAUACGAUCAGAAGAUGACUCAAAGAAACAGAAACCAAAGAAGUCUUGGUGGCCAUUCGGAUGGAACAACCAAUCUUCGAAAGAUGAAGAUGAGUCAUUUAAAUUCAGUGAGGAAGACUGGGAACAGUUAAAUAAAAUUAUAGGGUAUAAGGAAGGUGAAGAAGGGCAGUCAUAUAUCAUCAAUAACAAGAAGGAUGCGCUUCAUACCUUCUUAGAGCUUCACAUGAAACAUAAUGCUUCAAGGCUUCUUGAUGAGGCCCAGAAUUAUCUUGCUGAAUUAUCAUGUGAAGGCCUUGAUUGCUCCAUAAAGCUUUAUCCCGAGACAAAAGCCUUUGACAUGAAACUAGGAUCAUAUCGAUUGUCAUCUCCAAAUGGUCUUCUUGCUGAGAGUGCUACUACUUAUGAUUCAUUAGUUGGCGUUUUCUGCUAUAAGCCAUUUGAUAGUAAGGUGGACUGGAGCAUGGUUGCUAAAGCUUCUCCCUGUUACAUGACUUAUCUGAAGGAAUCCAUUGAUCAAAUCAUCAAUUUUUUUGAAAGCAAUACUGCUGUUAGUCAGACAAUAGCAUUGGAAACUGCAACUGCUGUUCAGAUGACAAUUGAUGGGGUCAAGCGCACUGCUCAGCAGCAAGUAAACAGAGCACUGAAGGAUCAUGCCAGGUUUUUGUUGAACUUGGAUAUUGCUGCUCCCAAAAUUACCAUUCCUACUGAUUUUCAUCCUGACAAGUCCCAUGCAACAAAACUUCUGCUUGAUUUGGGGAAUUUGCUUAUUCGGACACAGGAUGAGCAUGAAGUUGGAUCACCUGAGGAGCUCGAUAUGUAUCUGCAAUUUGAUUUGGUUUUGAGUGAUAUUUCUGCUUUCUUGGUUGAUGGGGACUACCAUUGGAGUGAAAAUCCUUCCAACAAGUAUGAUCUUUCUGCCAGCACUAGUGGUGUUGGUUUCUUGCCCCUUAUUGAUAAGUGUGGGGUAAUUUUGAGGCUUCAACAGAUUCGAUUAGAAAACCCAUCCUAUCCCUCUACAAGACUUGCUGUGCGGCUGCCAUCAUUGGGGUUUCACUUUUCUCCAGCUCGGUAUCAUCGACUGAUGCAAGUGAUGAAGAUCUUUCAGGGGAGAGAUGGUGAGGACUUGGAUUUACUACUCCCUUGGAAUCAAGCUGACUUUGAAGGGUGGUUGUCCCUUCUCACAUGGAAGGGUGUUGGAAACAGGGAAGCUGUAUGGCAGCGGCGAUACAUCUGCUUGGUUGGGCCUUUCCUCUAUGUACUUGAGAGCCCUUUCUCUAAAUCUUAUAAGCAGCGUAUCAGUUUACGAGGAAAGCAGAUAUAUCAAGUUCCACCUGACUUUGUUGGUGGUGAAGAACAUGUUUUGGCUCUUUGUAAUGCUGCACAACCAAUUAUCAAGGUUGUGGAGGAUGCAAAUGCAUUAAUAUUAAGAUGCGAUUCAGAUGAUUCAAGAAAUGCUUGGCACAGCCGUUUGCAGGGGGCUAUUUAUCGUGCAUCGGGUGCUGCUCCUAUUAGUACUUUAUCAGAAACUUCAUCAGAGCCAGAGGAUUCUGAAGCUGAACUUGGUGAAAACCGUGAUGCAAUUGAUGUAUUGAAUACAGAGAGGCUAUUUGUUGCUGGUGUUCUUGAUGAACUAAAGGUUUCCUUCAGUUAUAGUUAUCAGCACGACCACAGCUACAUGAAUGUCCUCCUUGCUGAAGAGAGUAAUCUAUUUGAGUUUCGAGCAAUUGGUGGUCAGGUUGAGCUGUCAAUCAUAGAGAAUGAUAUGUUCAUUGGCACUGUGCUCAAAUCUUUGGAGGUUGAAGAUUUAAUUUGCCGCAACAAAGUGUCUCGUCCUUGUUUUCUGGCAAGGUCAUUUAUCGGGAGUACAGAUGCGAAUUCAUCCUUCUAUGAUGUUGGGGAUCAAAGCGCCAACAAUUGUGCAACUCCAAGUGGAGACGAUAAGUUCUAUGAGGCAGAGGAGAAUUUAGUUGAUUCCGUUGACAAUUUUAUCAUUGAAGCCCCUAGUUUUAACCGUAUCUCUGGUCUACUGCCCACUGAUGCUAUUGGAACUAAGAGGCAGGACAUUGAAUUAUCUGAUACUUUGGAUAGUUUUGUGAAAGCCCAAAUAAUUAUUUAUGACCGGAACUCUCCUGGAUAUAAUAAUAUAGAUAAUCAGGUCACGGUGACCCUGGCUACCCUGUCUUUUUUCUGUCGUCGGCCAACAGUUGUUGCCAUCAUGGAGUUUUCUAAUGCUAUUAACAUCAAGGAUGAAAGUUGUGAAUCUUUCAGUGACAGUUCUUCUGCAGCCACUGGGAAACAGGAAGUCUCCAAAGAUGUAAUUGAUGAUAAAUAUUCAACUACAGCUGGGGACCCAGUAAUUAAAGGUUUGCUAGGAAAAGGGAAAUCCAGAAUCAUGUUCAAUUUAAAAUUACACAUGGCACAUGCUCAAAUUGUGUUGAUGAAUGAAGAUGAAACUAAGCUGUCCAGUCUGUCGCAAGAUAAUUUGCUGACGGAUAUUAAGGUGUUCCCAUCAUCUUUUAGUAUUAAAGCGGCCCUUGGAAAUUUGAGAAUAAGUGAUGACAGUCUUCCUAGUAGCCAUAUGUAUUUCUGGGUCUGUGACAUGAGAAAUCCUGGGGGCAGUUCAUUUGUUGAGUUGCUUUUUACUUCUUACAAUGCUGAUGAUGAAGACUAUAAAGGUUAUGAGUAUAGCCUUUUUGGGGAACUUUCUGAAGUACGCAUUGUUUUCUUGAAUCGGUUUCUCCAGGAGGUGGUCAGUUAUUUUAUGGGUCUGGUUCCCAACAAUUCAAAAGCAUUUGUCAAACUAAAGGAUCAAGUAACAAAUUCUGAGAAGUGGUUUACAACUAGUGAAAUUGAAGGAUCACCUGCUGUAAAGUUUGAUCUUUCUUUUAGGAAGCCCAUUAUAUUAAUGCCUCGGAGGACAGACAGCCUUGAUUACUUGAAGCUUGACAUUGUUCACAUAACCGUCAAGAACACAUUUCAAUGGUAUUGUGGACAUAAAAGCGAAAUAAAUGCUGUGCAUUUGGAAAUAUUAACAAUUCAGGUUGAGGACAUCAAUUUAAAUGUUGGUACCGGAGCCGAACUAGGUGAGAGCAUAAUUCAAGAUGUGAAGGGUGUUUCAGUCAUCAUUCAAAGGUCACUCCGAGACUUGUUGCAUCGAAUACCAAAUACUGAGGUUACACUUAAGAUAGAGGAAUUGAAAGCAGCUCUUUCGAGUAGGGAGUACCAGAUUAUCUCUGAAUGUGCACUUUCGAAUAUUUCUGAGACUCCACAUGUUGUGCCUCCACUGAAACAUGAUUCUAGGACAGAUUCUGCUGGUGCAAUAGAACCCAUCUUUCCUCAGAAUACAGCUGGCGUUGAACCAGAAACUACAAAUGGGGAAGCCUGGAUUAUGAUGAAGGUGUCUGUCAUUAUUGAUCUGGUGGAAUUGAGAUUACAUCCAGGAUCAACAAGAGAUGCAUAUCUGGCUACUGUGCAGAUUAGUGAUGCUUGGCUACUCUACAAGUCCAAUACCCUUGGAGAAGGUUUUCUCUCAGCAACACUAAAGGGUUUCAGUGUGAUUGAUGAUCGUGAGGGGACCAAACAAGAGUUUAAGCUGGCAAUAGGAAGGGCUGAGAAUAGCUGUCUACACAUAGGGACUUGUGAUGAAAAUGAGCACGUGGUUGUUGCAAAUGUUUUUGGGGAGAAUGAUGUUAAACCGGUUCCUCCAAUGCUUAUUCUUGAUGCUAAGUUUACAAAGCAUACAACAUCUGUUUCUUUUUGUGUCCAAAGGCCUCAAAUGCUUGUUGCACUUGAUUUUUUACUGGCUGUGGUUGAGUUUUUUGUUCCGUCUGUUGGAAACAUGCUUUCAAAUGAGGAAGAUACGAAAUCUUUACAUGUCAUUGAUGCAAUCAUUCUGGAUCAGUCAAUUUACCGGCAGCCGUCGGCUGAAGCAUCUCUCUCGCCCGAAAGACCAUUAAUAGCCGAUGAUGCAAGAUUUGAUCUCUUUGUUUAUGAUGGCAAUGGGGGAGUAAUGUUUUUGAAAGACAGACGGGGGUUUAAUCUUUCAGCACCUAGUACAGAACCAAUAAUAUAUGUUGGGAAUGGGAAGAAAUUGCAAUUCAAAAAUGUUGUGAUCAAGAAUGGGCUGUAUUUGGACUCUUGUGUUUUUCUUGGAGCUGAUAGCAGUUAUUCUGCUUCAAAUGAUGAUCAUGUUUACUUGGAGGAGAAUGAGGCUCCUCACUCUAGCACCUCAAGAGAAAGCGUUAACGAUGUACCAUCUCAAGAUAUCAUAGCUGACAGGUCAAUGGAGUUUAUCAUUGAGUUGCAGGCUAUUGGCCCAGAGCUGACCUUUUACAAUCCAUCAAAAGGUGUUGGGGAAUCUCUUCUUCUCUCUAACCAACUUUUGCAUGCACAGUUGGAUGCAUUUUGCAGGCUUGUUUCAAAGGGUGAUAAUAUUGAGAUGAAUGCAAAUGCAAUUGGCUUGACAAUGGAGAGUAAUGGGAUCACAAUAUUGGAGCCUUUCGACACCUCCAUCAUUUAUUCAAAUGCUGCUGGAAAGACCAAUAUGCAUUUAUCUGUUUCAGAUAUACUCAUGAAUUUUUCAUUCAGCAUCUUGAGGCUUUUUUUAGCGGUUGAAGAGGACAUCCUGACAUUUUUAAGGACAACUUCAAAGAAAAUGACGUUUGUCUGCUCCCAGUUUGACAAGGUUGGAACAAUAAAAAAUCCCUAUACUGACCAAAUACAUGCCUUUUGGAGGCCUCGUGCACCACCUGGUUUUGCUGUUCUUGGCGACUAUCUGACACCAUUGGACAAGCCACCUACAAAAGGAGUUCUUGCUGUGAAUACCAACAUUGUUAGAGUUAAAAGACCUAUAUCUUUCAAAUUUAUUUGGUCACCUUUAUCUUCUGGGGACAUUUCUGAUCAAGGGGUAAAUAAUUCUGAUUUGGUACCAAAUGGUAUGAGUAAAGGAGACAGCAACUUUUCCAUCUGGUUACCUGAGGCACCGAAAGGUUAUGUUGCAUUGGGCUGUGUGGUUUCACCCGGAAGAACGCAACCACUGAUAUCUUCUGCUUUUUGUAUCUUGGCCUCUUUAGUUUGUCCUUGUUCCCUGAGGGAUUUUAUUGCAAUCAGAACUUCCACAUCUAUCCCAAGUGUGGCAUUCUGGCGAGUGCACAAUUCUGUUGGCACUUUCUUGCCAGCAGCUCCCGCUUCUUAUGGCUUAACAGCUGCAGCAUAUGAUUUGCGUCAUAUGAUAUUUGGGUUAUCAGAAGGCUUUGCGAACGCAACCUCAAGUUCAGAUGCCCAGGCUUCCCCUUCUGGUCAUAUACACUCGCAACAAUCGCAAGGAUCAGCAACUGCAAACUCUGGCCGGCGUUUCGAAGCUGUUGCUAGUUUUAGAUUAAUAUGGUGGAAUCAAGGCUCAAACUCAAGGAAGAAUCUAUCCAUAUGGCGCCCAGUUGUCCUGCCAGGGAUGAUUUAUUUUGGCGACAUUGCUGUUAAAGGGUAUGAGCCUCCCAAUACUUGCAUUGUUCUUCAUGAUGCUGAAGAUGAAGAGCUUUUUAAAGCUCCUCUGGGUUUCCAGCUUGUUGGGAAAAUCAAGAAACAGAAGGGAAUGGAUGGCAUAUCUUUCUGGCUACCUCAACCUCCCCCGGGCUUUGUUUCCUUAGGUUGUAUUGCAUCUAAGAGCACCCCAAAGCAGAAUGAGUUCAGCACAUUAAGAUGUAUUCGCAGUGAUAUGGUCACUGGGGAUCAGUUUCUGGAGGAAAGUAUAUGGGAUACAUCUGAUGCCAAAUUUACAGCAGAAUCAUUCAGUAUUUGGCUGGUUGAUAAUGAGUUGGGAACCUUCAUUGUACGUAGUGGUUUUAAAAAACCUCCUAGAAGGUUUGCUUUAAAGCUGGCAGAUUCAGGUGUACCAAGUGGUUCGGAUGAUACUGUCAUUGAUGCAGAAAUCACAACAUUUUCUGCAGCACUCUUUGAUGACUAUAGUGGCUUGAUGGUUCCAUUGUUCAAUGUAUCUUUUAGUGGAAUUGGGUUUAAUUUACAUGGACGAACAGACUACUUGAGUUCCACUGUCAACUUCUCCUUGGUUGCACGUUCAUAUAAUGAUAAGUAUGAUUCUUGGGAGCCUCUCAUUGAGCCCGUUGAUGGAUUUUUAAGGUACCUCUACGAUUUUAAUGCCCCAGGUGCAGCUUCUCAGUUACGUGUUACCUCAACUAGGGAUCUAAACUUAAAUGUCUCGGUCUCUAAUGCAAAUAUGAUCAUUCAAGCCUAUGCAAGCUGGAACAAUCUGAGUCAUGUCCAUGAAUAUCAAAGAAAGAGAGAAGCAUUUUCUCCUACUCAUGGUGGAAGAUCUGUAUUUGAUAUUCAUCAAUCGAGAGAUUAUUAUAUAAUCCCUCAAAACAAGCUUGGUCAGGACAUCUUCAUUAGAGCUACAGAUAUAAGGGGAAUUCCAAAUAUAAUUUGGAUGCCAUCUGGGGAUGUGAAGCCUGUAAAAGUUCUAGUCUCAAAAAACGUGUCAGAUUCUCACUUGAAAGGAAAAGUUCACAGAAAAGCUAGAACAAUGGUGACAGUCGUUAUAGUGGAUGGACAGUUCCCAAGAGUUGAAGCCUUAACUUCUCACCAAUAUUCCGUAGCAAUUCGUCUUAGUCCUGUUCAGAACCUCUCUUCUGAGUCACAGCUUCAUCGGCAGAGUGCACGCACAUGUGGAAGCAGUUCAGAUAACUUCUCAUCUUCUGAGUUUGAAAUGGUCAACUGGAAUGAAGUAUUUUUCUUCAAAGUUGAUUCGCCAGACUACUACUUGGCGGAAUUAGUUGUGACGGACAUGGCGAAAGGUGAUCCAAUUGGAUACUUUUCAGCGCCCCUGAAGCAGAUAGCAGGAAACAUCCAAGGCAGUUCAGAUUCUGAUGAUUAUGUGACCAGAUUGACCUGGAUAGACUUAUUGUCAACAGAAUCUGUGAAUAUGAUUGAGAGUGACAAAUGUAAAGGCUCAUGUGGGAGAAUAAGAUGUGCCAUACUCCUGUCACCAAGAUCUGAAGAUGAAGACAGAAAUCAACCCGUUGUUAGCAAUAGAAAUUCUGGACAUAUUCAGAUUAGUCCUAGCAGAGAAGGGCCUUGGACUACUGUGAGGCUAAACUAUGCUGCACCUGCUGCUUGUUGGCGGUUUGGCAAUGACGUUGUUGCCAGUGAAGUAAGUGUCAAGGAUGGGAAUAGAUAUGUGAAUAUUAGGUCGCUGGUUUCAAUACAUAACAAUACAGAUUUUAUACUCGAGUUGUGUCUUGCACCCAAAGCUUCCACAGAGAACAUGAAACCACAAGAUAAAACAACGAAUCAGAAAGGUUUACAAAUUGAUGGUAAAAGCAUUCAAACUGAUGAGUUCAUUGAAACUGAAGAAUAUGACCCAAGCAUUGGUUGGGUUGGUAGAGUGGUUCAAUCAAGCCAAGAUAUCUCAGAAGGUGGAAGCUCCCAUCAGGCAAUUUCUGAAGUUGAGUUGCCAUCAGGCUGGGAAUGGAUUGAUGAUUGGCAUUUGGACAAGACGUCUAGCAAUGAUGCUGAUGGUUGGGUUUAUGCUUCUGAUGUUCAAAGUCUAAAAUGGCCUGGGUCUUUUGAUACUCAGAAGCUUGUGAGCCAUGCGAGGCAAAGGAGAUGGAUCAAAAGUAGGAAACAAAUAUCAUGUGAAUUCAAGCGGGACAUAUCUAUUGGACAGUUGAAUCCUGGAGACACUGUGCCUGUUCCUCUCUCUAGUUUGUCACAAUCUGGAAUGUAUGUCUUGCAAGUAAGACCUUUUAAUCUCGCUAAUCCUGAUGAAUAUACAUGGAGUUCUGUAGUGGAAAAACCUGGCGAAUCAGAGGAUUAUGGUAAGCCAAAAGUUUAUUCUGGAAUAUGUGUAUCAAGUCUUACCGAGUGUGAGGAACUGUUAUGCUGUACCCAGAUAACGGGGACUUCAUCUAGUCGUUCCCAUAAAUUGUGGUUCUGCUUGAGCAUACAAGCAACAGAGAUUGCGAAAGACAUUCAUUCUAAUCCUAUUCAGGACUGGAGUCUUGUGGUUAAGUCACCACUUUCUGUUACCAAUUUUCUUCCUCUUGCAGCUGAGUAUUCUGUUCUUGAAAUGCAACCAAGUGGUCAUUUUGUUGCCUGUUCUAGAGGAGUAUUUGGUCUAGGCGAAACUGUAAAGAUUUACAGUGCUGACAUACGAAAUCCUUUGUUCUUUUCAUUGCUUCCACAAGGAGGAUGGCUUCCAAUACAUGAAGCUGUUCCCAUGUCUGAUCCUCAUGGAGUUCCAUCUAAAACAAUAAGUUUGAGAAGUUCAAUAUCUGGAAGGAUUAUUCAAAUCAUUCUUGAACAGAAUUACAACAAGGAGCAAUUAUUGCUGGCAAAGAUCAUUAGAGUCUAUGCUCCUUAUUGGUUUGAAGUUGCUAGGUCCCCACUUACAUUUAGGCUUGUGGAUUUGCCAGGAAAGAAACAUACACGGAAGAUUGCUCUUCCUAUUCAGUCUAAGGACAAAAAGGAAGUAUUAUAUGAGGAAAUCACUGAAGAGGAAUUAUUUGGAGGUCGCACAAUAGCUUCUGCCAUGAAUUUUAAUACAUUGGGACUUUCCAUGUCUAUUGCCCAGUCUGGUGACGAAAGGUUUGGACCAGUUAAAGAUCUUUCGCCCCUAGGUGACAUGGACGGAUCUUUGGAUCUCUAUGCCUAUGAUGCUGAUGGCAACUGUAUACGGCUUUUUAUUACUACAAAACCAUGCCUAUAUCAGUCUGUUCCUACAAAGGUAAUUACUGUUCGACCAUUCAUGACAUUUACAAACAGACUUGGCCAAGAUAUAUUUAUUAAGUUUUGCAGUGAAGAUGAACCAAAGCUUCUCCAUGCUUCUGAUUCAAGAAUCUCCUUUGUGCAUUCAGAAACAAGCAGUUCAGAUAACCUCCUGGUCCGGUUAGAGGAUACCAAUUGGUCAUUUCCUAUUAAAGUUAUAAAAGAAGAUACCAUUUCCGUGGUUUUGAGGAGGCACAAUGGUACUAGGAGAUUUUUGAGGACAGAAAUCCGGGGCUAUGAAGAAGGAUCACGUUUUGUUGUUGUAUUCCGUCUUGGGUCAACCAAUGGUCCUAUCAGAUUUGAGAAUAGAGCACUUCACAAAACAAUCAGCAUUCGCCAAUCAGGACUUAGUGAAGAUGCCUGGAUUCAGUUGCAACCUCUUUCUACCACAAAUUUCUGCUGGGAGGAUCCAUAUGGCGAAAGGUUUAUAGAUGCUAAGGUAGUUGGUAAUGAUAUCAAUAGUGUAUGGAAACUCAAUCCGGAAAGGAUUGGAUUAGUUUCGGCAGAGGAGCGGGAUCUACAGUUGAAGUUCCUAGUUUUUGAAAUGGGUGAUGUCAAGGUUGCUAGGUUCAUUGAAGAUGGGACACUAACUGGAAUCUGGGGAAAUUAUCACAUACAGAGCAAGAUGCAGAAUGAUGCUGCACCUGUAGAGUUUAUGAUCGAGUUGGGAGUGUUUGGGGUUUCUGUUGUCGACCAUAUACCAAAAGAGCUCUCCUACCUAUACUUGGAGAGAGUUCUUAUAUCUUAUUCAGCAGGCUAUGAUGGUGGAAAAACGAGCAGGUUCAAGCUGAUACUGGGUCAUCUGCAGCUGAACAACCAACUCCCUCUGACACCAAUGCCAGUGCUCUUGGCACCUGAGCAGACCUCUGAUGUGAAUCAUCCAGUAUUCAAGAUGACUGUUACAAAACGCAAUGAGAACACUGAUGGCAUCCAGGUCUACCCAUAUGUUUAUAUUCGGGUGACUGAAAAGUGUUGGAGGCUAAAUAUUCAUGAACCAAUUAUUUGGGCGGUGGUCGAUUUCUACAACAAUCUUCAGCUAGAUCGUAUUCCCCAAAGUUCUAGUGUCACACAAGUUGAUCCUGAGAUACGUUUUGACCUAAUUGAUGUCUCAGAACUAAGGUUGAAAGUGUCCCUUGAGACAGCACCAGCUCAGAGACCUCAUGGGGUUCUUGGUGUAUGGAGUCCCAUACUGUCAGCCAUUGGAAAUGCAUUCAAGAUACAGGUGCAUCUAAGGAGGGUAAUGCACAAAGACAGAUUCAUGCGUAAAAGUUCCAUUAUCCCUGCAAUUGGAAACCGAAUCUGGAGAGAUCUCAUCCAUAAUCCUUUACAUUUGAUAUUUUCAGUAGAUGUGCUUGGUAUGACAAGUUCAACAUUGGCUUCUCUUGGUAAAGGAUUGGCAGAGCUAUCAACAGAUGGGCAGUUUCUGCAAUUACGUUCAAAGCAGGUAUCGUCAAGGAGAAUCACUGGGGUGGGUGAUGGGAUUAUUAAAGGAACUGAAGCUCUUGCACAAGGUUUUGCUUUUGGGGUGUCGGGAGUAGUGACAAAGCCUGUUGAGAGUGCCCGACAGAAUGGUCUCUUAGGACUUGCUCAUGGACUUGGACGUGCUUUCCUGGGAUUUGUUGUACAACCAGUGAGUGGGGCAUUAGAUUUUUUCUCAUUGACCGUUGAUGGAAUUGGUGCAAGUUGGACCAAAUGCUUGGAGGCUUUCUCUAGUACGACCACCUUCCAAAGAAUCAGAAACCCAAGGGCUAUCCAUUCUGAUGGUGUUCUUAGAGAGUAUUGUGAGAGAGAGGCCAGUGGACAGAUGAUAUUGUACCUUGCAGAAGCAAGUCGGCAUUUUGGCUGUACUGAAAUAUUCAAGGAGCCUUCAAAAUUUGCCUGGUCAGACUAUUAUGAACAACACUUUUAUGUGCCUUAUGACAGGAUUGUUUUAGUGACCAAUAAACGAGUCAUGCUACUACAGCGUCCGGCCCAGGACAAGUUGGAUAAAAAACCUUGCAAGAUCAUGUGGGACGUGCCAUGGGAAGAGCUCAUGGCAGUGGAAUUGGCAAAAGCAGGAAGUAACCAGCCUUCUCACGUCAUUCUCCAUCUCAAAAAUUUUAGGAGGUCAGAAAAUUUUGUCCGAGUCAUCAAGUGCAGAGUUAACGAAGAAUCAGAGCAAAGAGAGCCCCAGGCAGUUAGGAUCUGUGGGUUAGUGCAUAAGAUGUGGAAAGCAUCUGACAGGAAAGGGGUCAUUCUAAAGGUUCCUUCACGCCAGAGAUACGUGUCUUUUGCUUGGAGCGAAGCAGAUGGGAGAGAAUUACCUUCUUCAAACAAAGCCAUUGUGAAGUUAAGACGGCUCUCAUCAGAUAGUUCAACAUCUGACAAGAGAAGAUUUGUUAAACACGUUGUUAACUUUGUGAAGAUCUGGAGUAGUGAACAAGAAUCAAAAGGGCGUUGCACAUUGUGCAAAAAACAGGUCUCGGAAGAUGGUGGAAUGUGUAGCAUUUGGAGACCUAUUUGCCCAUAUGGGUAUGUCUCCAUUGGAGAUAUUGCCCGUGUUGGUAUCCAUGCUCCGAAUGUUGCUGCUGUUUAUCAUAAUGUGGACAGAUCGUUUGUACUUCCAGUGGGUUAUGACCUGGUAUGGAGGAACUGCUUUGAUGAUUACACAACUCCAGUAUCGAUUUGGCAUCCACGGGCUCCAGAGGGAUAUGUUUCUCCAGGAUGCGUCGCUGUUGCUGGUUUCAGAGAGCCAGAGCCUGACUCAGUGUACUGUGUGGCCGAGUCAGUUGCUGAGGAGACGGUAUUCGAAGAGCAGGAGGUUUGGUCUGCUCCAGAGUCUUACCCAUGGGCUUGUCAUAUCUAUCAAGUUCAGAGUGAUGCACUUCACUUCGUCGCACUCAGACAAAGCAAGGAAAAAUCUGACUGGAAGCCCACGAGGGUUGUUGACAACCCCAAGCCUCGGUUGCAAACUUCUGAUACUCAGUGAAUUUUAUCUUCCUAUUUGUGAUCGGCCCCUUUGGUUUCGGUCUUUAAGGGAAGGCCUCUGCCCCACGCAUCUACUUUUAUUCGGUCGGUAUGUGCAUUAAUUGUAGUUUCUUCUGUCAAUUUUGUCACAUGUCCGUGUGUUUAGUAUGUCCUGACAAACAAAAUAAUUCUUCUUCUUAAAGAACUCACCCUACAGAAAAAUUACAGACAACAUUUGUUUGAAUAAUGUACAGCAGAGUGUAACGGUUUCGCCCUCUUUUUUCCAAUUGGGGAGGCGAGGCCGUGUUGGAUAGAUUGAUGAAUGGUAAGCUUCCGAAGGUGUCAUAGGGGAACAGCAGCAUCAUGAACACUUGUACAUCACUUUCAGAGACAGUUUUUUUGCUGUAAAUGUCUGUCAGAACUUGUGUUUUCAUGGGUUUUUUUUUAUAAUUUCAUGAAUGAAUCAGUUAAACUGCUAA